GUGUGUGUGUGUGUGUGUGUGUGUGUGUGUGUGUGUGUGUGUGUGUGUGUUGCAGGUCUACAUGUAUGCAGCGUGGCACGGCUGGGCCAUCCCGAUGUUCCUGUUCCUCGCCAUCGUCCGCCUCUCUUUAAAUUAUCUCAUCGCCAGAGGCUGGAGGAUCCAGUGGAGCAUCGUACCUGAAGUCUCCGAGCCCGUGGAGCCUCCCAAAGAAGACCUGACGGUGUCGGAGAAGUUCACGCUGGUUCUUGACGUCGCUCAGAAAGCUCAGAACCUGUUUGGCAGGAUGGCGAACAGACUGGAGAAAAUCAAGAACGUCUCAGACUUGUCUCUCUGCUCAGGUGUGUACGCAGGUAUAAAGUUCUUCGUCAUCGACUUCCUCUUCAAGAGCUGUCCGAAGCUGAGGCAGCGCUUCGACACGCCGUUCAUCAUCUGGACCCACCUGCCCACCGACCUGCAGCUGAAGGAGCGCGGCGGCUCCACGCUCACCAGGAGGGUCACGUUAUCCAGCGGGCGGGGCAGCGUCGGCCCGGCGGCUCCUCUCAGUGCGAGCCGGGAUGAAGACGGAGGGCGAUACAGCAGCACCAAGAGAGGAGCUUUCCACGAAGUGUUCAACCUGCAGGAGAGCGAGCGGCCCCUGACAGUGUGUGAGAGCGGCUGGCGCUGCUGCCUCAUCAACAGAGACAGGAAGUCGCCCACUGACUACAUCCGCAACGGAUACCUCUACGUCACCGAGAAUCAUCUGUGUUUUGAGAGCUCCAGCUCCAGAUCUGGAUCCUCCAAGAGGAACAAAGUCAUCAAACUGGCCGACAUCACCGACAUCCAGAAGGUUUGUUCUGACAAAAUGUUGCGUAGGGCCCCAAUUUGACCAGGGGCAGCACUGCCUUCGGCAUGGGAGCCUGCCUGCAGGCGCCAGUCUCAGGACACCUCCACUCUGAGCACACCUCCACUCUGAGGACA